AUGGCUACUGGAAGGGUGGCAGAGAAGUUGAAUGAAAGACUAGAAGGAAGAGAAGGAGAAAAGGAUAUCUAUAAGAUUUCAAACUUGAGGAAAUGGCAGAGACAGGAUUUGGCUAAAUUGGGUGUCAUCAGGGAUAGAGAUGGAAAUAUAGUGUAUAGGGAUGAAAACAUUGAGAAGAGACGGAGAAAGUAUUUUGAACAACUAUUAAAUAUUGAAAAUGAGAGAGAGGAGAUGGAGGAAGCACAGAGGGUAGAGGGACCAGUGGUGAAGAUACAGGAUAGAGAAAUAAAGAGAGCAUUAAGUAAAAUGAAGAAUGGUAAAGCAUCAGGUCCAUCAGAGUUCCAGAUUGAAAUGAUCAAAUUACUAGGUACAGAGGGGGAGAAAUGGAUGCUGGAUAUAUUAAAAGCUAUAUGGGAAGAGGAAGAAAUACCAAGGAACUGA